CCAGAGGCGUCCCCACAGCAGCUCCCUGCACACGGCCUUGGACCUGAUGAUUUGUGGGGACAACCAGUAGCUGCGUCGGCCAGAGGAGGAAGGAGCUGAGGAGCACACCUGUAGAGUUCUGUUGUUUGGUGUCAAGACUCUUUAAGAAAGAAGAGAAGAAGACUGGGAAGAGAUCUAACCUGGACCUCAUCCACCUCCUCUUGGGCCUGGUUCAUCCCUGCUGUGUUGAGACUGGGGGGGGGGGGAUUCUGGUUCUCAGACUGACGGACUCCCAUCGUUUUUAAAAUUUUCAUGAAAGCCCAACGUUUCUGGAUCUUGCAGCUUCUCCAGGGACCACGCUCCUGGUCUGCAGACUGGUCCCAGUGCUCGCUGUGAGGAACCAGCAGGAGCGAGCAGGCAGGGCACAGAAAAUAGACAUCAGUUAUUGCCAUCCAUCUCUUAGAACCCUGCAGCCCACCCUCAGCUUGGGACGCCCCUCCUCUCUGCCUCUUCUUUUGCCCCCUGUGCCCCCCCACCCCCCUCUCCUCUGCACCUCACCCCCCAACAGAGCAGAAAGCGUGAAAAAUCUCACUAAUGGGUUUAUUUGCUGUCAGAUCUGCGCCGAUCUGUCAUUCCCUUGGACCAUUCCUCUUGACACAUUUCAUAGUUGAGUAAGCCUCCUGGCUCUGUGUCUAGAGUUAACAGUGCCCCUGCAACGUCGUGCUGGCUGAGCGCUCAUCAAGAGGGGAGCAAACGGCGGCGGCAGCAGUCAGUCUUGACAGUCUCUUGGACGGGGAGUCCCUGCAGCUACAUUCCUCUGGUCUCCCUCUCCCUGGUGGGACUUUCAGUGUUUGUGUAGAGCCUCGCAAGGCAUCCUCCAGCUUCUGUGCACUCACACGACCGCUCCGUCACAUAAGAUCCAGGCUCGUUCUGCAGGGAGCGGAUCGAAGGAGUGUGAAGAUGUGGUGUGGGGCCGGGCCUCUGGCGGUGCUGGCCGCAGUGUUUUGGACUCAGUGCGUCCUACUGGAUGGGGUGGAGGCCAAGAAGGAGAGAAAGAGGCCAAAGGAGGCCACGCCACAACACACAGAGGCGUUCAAUGCAACUCUCUCCAACAGCGAAGAGGUCGGUGGAAGCAUCAAGGCUUCUGAACACCAGAGAGUCGACCCACUGGGAUCAUGGAUGGACUUUGUCAAACGACCUGUUGGCAACUUCCCUGGAAAGUGUCGCAAACGCAAACGUCCCCUGCCGGGCCCACCUGGUCCUCCAGGUCCCCCCGGCCCUCAGGGACCUCCUGGCUCUCCUGGGGCCGAAGUGACCCAGGAAGUUCUUCUCCAGGAGUUCAAGGAGAUGAUUAAAGAGGCUACAGAGAGGAGAGCAGCGGCACUUGACAGACAGACCAGCCCCAGCCAGCUCCCUACAGCCCUCCUCACCCUGGAGGGGAUGACCCCCUACCGGCGAAUAGAGGAGGCUUUCCACUGCAAGCUCAAGGGGCCGGUGGUGGUGGACAAGAAGACGCUGGUGGAGCUCCAGAACUUUCAGACACCGCCUGCUAAAGGAGCCUUCCUCAGAGGAUCAGGAAUGGACCAGUCCACUGGGAGGUUCACAGCUCCCAUCACAGGGAUCUACCAGUUCUCUGCUAACGUCCACAUUGACCACAACGAGGUGAAGAGGAGCAAGAGUCAGCUGAAGGCCAGAGACAACGUCCGGGUGCUGAUCUGCAUCGAGUCCCUCUGCCACAGAUACACCUCAUUGGAGAUGAUUGUUGGACUCGAGAGUAACAGCAAGAUCUUCACGGUCAGCGUGCACGGGCUGCUGGAGCUUCAGGCCGGGCAGUACACCUCCAUAUUCGUGGACAAUGCAGCCGGAGCCUCCAUCACAAUACAGAACGGUUCAGAUUUCAUGGGCAUGCUGCUUGGUGUAUAGCCUCCCCCCCCCUCCCAAAGUGAACGGGGCACCGUCCAACCCGUCCACCGCCCCCCUUUUAAUUUUUUUAUUUCCACGGAUUGAUUUUGAGCACCGUCACAAGGUCUGAAGGAGGAGAGGCCGACACUGACUUGACUGCUUGUCGGAUGUUGAAGGACAAUGUGGAGGACUCGAGGAAUGAGUUUUCUACGGUGCACUGCAACUCCCCUGAGGAACUUGGUCGCCCGUUGCUUCACCAAUAAAAUAACCUGUAUAUAAAGCAGUGAAUACGUCUGUUACAGUAUAUGUGUCAUGGUUGUUGAACGCCUUUGCAGUAGCCCAGACCAAAAAUCCAUGUUUCUUGUGUUCUCUGUGUAGAUGAGCUGGGGAACAUGAACAAGUACAUGUCUGCGUUUGUGUAUACGGACAUGUCCAUGUUUUCUCUUGUAUACACACACAUGAACCAUACUUAUUAUUAACAUGGGUUCAAUUUUACAUUUAAGUUAUAUAGUACAUAGACUCUGUGAGUACACUGGACAAUGGAAAUAUGCCCCACCAACAGAAUGUGGUCUUAGAUAAGUUAUAGCUCACAUAUGUAAUUACACAUUUCUGUAACAUAGCUAUCAGUGCAUAUUUAGCAACGUUAGCAGCGUCGCCAGUCGGUUGCACCGCCAUUUUGGUCCAGACCGAAAUAGCUCAACAUGUAUACGAGGAAUUGAAGUGUGACUUUGUACAGAUGUUCACAGUUUCCAGAGGAUGCAUCCUACUGAGUAAGGUGGCGCGAUUCAUUUAGCCUCGCCAUCACAUUCGUGGUCCAGAGUGAAGUAUCUUGUGUAUUAGGUGGAUUUCCAUGAUCACGUUUCCUUCAAAGAGGAAUUGCAACGAUAUGUUAACUGCCAACAUGAUCAAAAUGAGAUGGUACAAUGGUUAAAGUCAGCUAUGGCUAUGGGUUCCAUCCAUUUGGAGGACGCAGUCUAUCCGAGCCUUAGAGACCGGAAACCAAACCGAAAAGAGACGGUCUGGUCUACAGGGCUUUCCUUGAUGAGCUGCGAUUACCCUUUUGAAAAAUGUUUCUGGCAGGAAGGGUUUUUUGCCUCUUGGAGCCUUCGUUCCUCGGGAUGAAAAGCCAAAAUUUGAAGGAGCCUUGGAAAUGGGAAAGUCUACAAAGAAUGCAACCCCCUGAAUUGAGACACAGCAUGUUAGCAGUUCAACCUCGUGAAGCCGUUAGCAGAGCUGUUAGCUCGUAUUACAGUGGAAAAACAAGGCUCUUUGGAUGAUGCUGCCCACAGAUCCUACUUAAAGAUACAUGACAGGACAGCUACCGAAAGUGAAGCCAAAACAUCUUGAUUGCCCUCUGGUGGCUGGCUGUAGUACAGGUCAGUUAGAAAGUUAGCAAAUAGGAUAAUUUCCAAGGAUUGUUUCUAUUCUUUUUAGGUAGAUCUGUGGUAUUUUGGCUUCAUUUGAACAGCGGGAGGAAGUGGAGACAUGUCGUUCGUCUUUAUUUUACAGUCUGGUGCCACCUAAGCUGCAAUUGUAAUGCUGCUAACAGAGGAUAGAUGUAUAUAGCAGUGUUUUUGUAACAAACCUUUAGCUGCAUCUGCGGUUAUAUUUCUCUGAGGUAACAUCUUUUUGUCCGGGCUUGUUAUGAGACCAGUGUUUUAUUGCAAAUUUCUGGAAGUACAGAAACCACAAGUGAUUAGGAGCUCCUCAAUCUUUCAUUUUCAACCAGCAGUAAAGAUCAGUGCAGCUCAGCAAGUUCAACACAUGUGAACUUUCGGUUCCAGCCACUCCACCACUGACAUUUACGCAAAAGCUGUUUUUCCAGGAUGAUGUGAAAACACCUUUAGUUAAAAUGUGUUGGACCGAUCCGCAUUCACCUUUUUGACUGUUACACAGCUGUAAGAGAACAACUCAAGUUUCUCCUGAAAGUACUUUCUCUGUUGUCAUUUAUUAAACUGUAUCUUAUUCUUUUCUUAACAUUCAGAUGUUUGUAAUUUAUCAUAACUGAUGUACCAGUAACAUUGGAAAGCAGUUGAAAUUUGAUAUGGUAUUUAUGUUUGAGAAAAUGUAUCAGUCGUGUGUUGAUUUACGCUCCUGUGGACAGUUGAGACCACAGAUUAUUACGAGAAGAAAAUUAUAUGUCUUUGCUAUUUUUUUAUUACCCAUUAUAUUCUGUAAUUUCAAAUUAAACUCUUCAGAAACGUU